AUGGUCCAGGGUCCUUCUUCUAUGGAGAGCGCUGAGAAGAUAUACAGCACAGUCGCAACUUCUCUCAAACUGGCUGAUCUAUCACCAAGUGAUCAAAUAAACGAGCUUUUGACAGCAGAUGAGAGCGAUAUCAUGGGCCAGGCUGGCUUCACCUUGGGACUCAACGUUGUGGUCGAUGGGCAGACCGUUCCCGACGCCAUCUCCAUCGCGGGAUGGCUCAAGGAUAGCGAUACACUUCUUCCAGGCAAGCAGUGGUGUGAGCGCUUGUUCAUCGUCCAAGGUAAUCUUGAGUCUUCCGUAAUGGGCUUCCUCGUCCUAGCCCAUAGAAAGAAAGACAUUGCCAAGACUUUUUGCGGUUUUAUGAGGCAGCAUUUCGAAGCCAAGGCGGCCGCUGUCGAGCGACUGCUCAGCCUGUAUGGCUUGGCGGCUGAUACUGAUGACAACGCGGCGCUUCUUUGCAUCAUGGACUAUGUGAACGACCUGUGGUUUUAUGCACCUGCCUGCUGCAUUGCUACGCUAUGGCCGAAGGGUUACGUAGGUAAUUUCAACGAGGGAAACCCAUGGGAUGGUCCCUGUCGUGGUAAGGCGAAUCACAUGCUCGAUUCGGCACUACUCUGGCAACAGUACAAUGAUCGACUCUCGCCAUCGCAGACAGGCGUGACAGAGGCAUUCGCCUCUGACAUAGCCGCCUUUGCUGCGGGCUUAGACGAUUUACCCUUGUUCAAGGCAAACGAACAGCUGGUGGUGUGGGGCCCCAGCGAUAAAGGUGUGACCCGCCAAAUUGCCAGCAGAAGUGAGGAAGCUUCAGGGAGGAAGGUGGCCUUCUUCGACAUCAUGGAAGCCCUGGGUGGCAUGCCCGCACUGUUUGCAUCUUACGGGGCGUUUCUUAGUGGCCCAUAG